AUGGCGGCCCGUAACAGGCCUCGAGCGCUCCCGAAGGAGGACGGCGACGCCCACGAGGAGAGAGACUUGUGGACGAAGAUCGUCAAUGAGCUCAAGGAGCUGGCGAAGAUGUCGAAGCGCGUGAACGAGCUGGCGGCCGAGAUCUUGGAUGAGGAGCAGAGGCUGGCGGUUGGUGACCCAUCCUGGAGAGAAUACGAGCGCCUCGAGAAGCUCUACGAAGAGCACAUCAACCUCGCCGAGCGAGAGCAAGAGACCCUCCAUUCCGUCGUCGAAAAGAACGACCUUCUAAUCGCCCUCCGAACCGCAACUGAGGGCGGUGACAGAGGAGUCGACAAAAAGCGCGGCAAACGCAAGCUCGACGAUGCCCUUACCUCCGACAGCCCCACGCGCACCACAAAGAUUGCGCGCGGCGCUUCCGCCGCGCCAUCCGCCGACGCGCUAUAUAUCAACUCCGAGGUUGCCUACCGCCGGCCAAAGCAGAAGGGAGCUGAGGACAUGUGGAUACAGUGUGUAGUCGUUAACAUCAUUGGGGGGGAUGGUGCAAAGAGACGGUAUGAGGUGCAGGACCCAGAGCCGGAUGAGGCUGGAGAUCAUGGCAAAACAUAUAAGGCGUCCGCCAACGCACUAAUCCCGAUCCCAAGGGAGAGUGCGGGGCUACCAGUCUAUCCUGUGGGGAAGCAGGUGCUGGCAAGGUAUCCGGAGACAACGACCUUUUAUAGAGCAGAAGUUAUGGGGACCAAGAGAGAUGGGACCUGCAGAUUGAAAUUUGAGGGCGAAGAAGAGGUCGGCAAGGAGACGGAGGUGGAGAGACGCCUAGUCCUCGACUUCGGGAACAAAUAA